CAGGAUUCCUGGAAGGAUGAGGUCCUCCCUGACACCUUUGGGGCCCUCUGUGAGCCGGGACCGCGUCAUCACCAGCUUCCCUAAGCCUAUAGAACAAACGUGCAUUCCCCGAGUGUCAGGGCGUCUUUGCUGAGCACCCAGUAUGCAUGUGCCAGGCCAGCUCUGCGCUGGCGGCUUUACAAACACGACCUCAUUCACGCCCCCAAGUCUCGGAGGGUUUCCAGAUGCAGAAAUUGAAGUUCAGAGACGUGAGCCAACUGCCCAGGGUCACACAGCACCUGAGGGUCCGUGCUCCUGGGCCACUAUUUGGUCUUGCCUUCUGAAAAACGUGGAUGACCCAAGUGCUUUUAAGGAUAUGUUCCAUGCACGAAUAUGCAUUUUUUUUAAAAAACGAAAACAGCAUCAGAGAUUCGUAGUAGAAAGUGUAGGAGGGUCUUGGUGCUAAAAGGAUCCUUACAGCCCACCCCUCGUCUCACCGGAGGGGACAGAGGUGUGACAUGCCCACAGCAAUGGCACAGCUCCCCUCCCCUGGCAAGAUCCAGCUCUCUGGGUCCCGGCCUGGGCUCCCUGGCAUGUCAGAGCCCUGGAGCCUCGUGAGGUGCUGACAAGGACGGCGUGACGGAGGCUUGGAAGGGGACAGAGGGGACCCUGGGAAGUAAGCCACCAGCUCCUGCCCGGGAGCUCCGCGGGGGGACAUGCCCGCCUGUCCAUCUGUCUGUCUGCAGUGGUACACGCCCGCCGCCUGCCUGCAGCUCCGGGAGCACUUCCACGGGCAGGUCAGCGCCGCCUGCCAGCGCGGGAACACGGGGACCGUAGGGCUCAGACUCUCCAAGGUGGUGGUGGUCGGCGAUCUCUACGUGGGCAAGACCUGCCUCAUCCACAGGUUCUGCAAGAAUGUCUUCAACCAUGACUACAAGGCCACCAUUGGGGUGGACUUCGAGAUCGAGCGCUUUGAGGUCGCUGGGACCCCCUUCAGCCUCCAGAUCUGGGACACAGCAGGGCAGGAGAAGUUCAAGUGCAUCGCAUCUGCCUACUACCGGGGUGCCCAGGUGAUCAUCACGGCCUUUGACCUCACCGACGUGCAGACCCUGGAGCACGCCAGGCAAUGGCUGGAGGACGCACUGAGGGAGAACGAGCCGGGCGCCUGCUUCCUGUUCCUCGUGGGGACCAAGAAGGACCUGCUGUCAGGGGCCGCGUGCGAGCAGGCGGAGGCGGAGGCCGUGCGCCUAGCCAACGAGAUGCAGGCUGAGUACUGGUCCGUGUCAGCCAAGACUGGGCGCCUGCAGGCGGGGGUCAUGACUGUCCGUGCCCGCAGGGGAGAACGUGAAGGCGUUUUUCAGCCGUGUGGCCGCCCUGGCCUUCGAGCGCUCAGUACUGCAGGACUUGGAGCGGAGGAGCAGCGCCCCGCUGCAGGUCGGCGGCGGGGACCUCAUCCGGAUGGAGGGACGUCCACCCGAGACCCCGGACAGCAGGAGGCCCUCCAGCCCGAGUUGCUGUUAGCCAGGCCUGCAGCAGAGGCCUCCCCGCCCUCCACGAGGCGUGCCGGUGGUGUGUCCGCGACAUGGAGGGGGAUGCGGGGUGCCCACCACGCUGAGCCCCAGGGACCCCCCUCCCCCAGCUGCCUCCUCUCCGUAGCGAGGCGGGAGCCAGGGGAGGCCCCCACUGCCGCCCGGGACCCCCGGCUGGAAGGCCAGUCACACCUACUGUUUUGCCCGUCAGCCCCGGCCGCAGAGGCUCAGGACCGCAGGCACAGCCGGGGUCCCAGACCCCGGGCACAGUCGGGGCUCCCCGGGCCCCUCCCCAGCCUUCCUGGUCGGCCCCGGAGUCGCCCUCAUCUCAGGGGCCCCGGCGAGUGGGACUUUCUCUCCUGGCCCUGACUCUUCUGUCAGCAGGGCUGGGCCUCGGAGCCCCGGCCCUGCGGUCCACUGUCCCUCCGCCACGGACUUGCGGGUCCCCUCUCUGGCCGCCGAGGGGCCCCCUCUGGCUCUGCCGUGACCCAUGGCCUCCUGCGCCCCGGGUCAGGGGCCAAGAUGGGCAGGAUGGGCCACGCACACUCCCGGCCCGGCUGUGCCCCGCCCCCACCCCGUGACUCGCCGCGGCAUCCGCUGCUCAUGGCACUGCCCCCC